CGAAAAAGUAAUGGGAGGAGAAGUCAUUCGCCCGUCGACGCCGCCGUCGUCGCGCUUCGACGGAACGGGGGGAGACGGAAGGGGAGGGGCGGCUUCCCUCUUCUGUGGCUUCCGUCGCGCUUACCAGAAGAACAACAAGAAUCCCCCGCCAACAAAAAUCUCGUAAGAAUCGAAUCAGAUCCCCACUCCGUUUCGUCCGUCCUCUCUCUCUCUCUCUCUCUCUCGUCGAUCGCAUCACCGAAAAAAAUAUCUUUUUUCUUCUUCCGGAGUUCUACCGAUCAAACUGGUUCUUUCAUCCGCGAAACUCUAAAACAUCCAACCUAUAAUUCCGAUCCUCGGAUCGUCUCUUUAAUCUUCUUAGGUCGCAGGCGAAGUGCAACCUCGAGUUCUUCCCCAUGGUGCUCGGGCUCUGACAAGAAAUCUCGAUUGUUUUUCUCGCGGCGGUCGUUAUGCCUUAACCGGUUCUCUUUUAAUCCGCAGAAACCCUAGGAGAUCCGACGUUUCCCCGAAUUCUGUGCCAGAAACCCUAGAAGAUCCUACGUUUCCCCGAAUUGGUUCUGGAUCGCAGGCCAAGCUCAACCCGAGUUCUUCCCCUUAGUGCUCGAGUUACCUUUUCCUGGGAUCCCAUGAUCGAAGCAGAACCCUAAUUGGACUUCUGAUUCUUGAGAAGAUGGUGUUUUGGGAAGGGUAUGUGAGCGACGACGUGAUGGGCACGUUCGCCCCUAUCGUCGUUUACUGGCUCUACGCCGGCUUCUACCAGCUCCUGCCGCGGUUGGACCGCUACCGAUUGCACACCGAGAAAGAAGAGGAGCAGAAGAACCUGGUGACGCUGUCGACUGUGGUGAAGGGCGUACUGUUGCAACAGCUCGUCCAAGCAACCGUCGCACAAGUGCUCUUCUUGGUGACUGCCCAGGCAAGCUUGUUGGGGGUGCCUGUUCAACCAUCUAUUCCAGUUCAAAUCUUGCAGGUCUUCAUGGCAAUGUUAGUAAUGGAUACAUGGCAGUAUUUUGUGCACCGAUACAUGCACCACAACAAGUUCCUGUACCGUCAUAUUCACUCCCAGCAUCACCGCCUGGUUGUUCCUUAUGCAGUUGGAGCACUCUACAACCACCCAUUGGAGGGUCUCCUCCUUGACACCUUUGGUGGCGCCAUGUCAUUCCUGAUCACAGGGAUGACACCACGUACUGCUGUGUUCUUUUUCUGCUUUGCUGUAAUCAAGACUAUAGAUGAUCACUGUGGCCUUUGGUUGCCCGGUAAUAUCUUCCACAUGUUCUUUCAGAACAACACAGCCUAUCACGACAUCCACCAUCAGCUACAAGGAUCUAAAUACAACUACUCGCAGCCAUUCUUCUCAGUUUGGGACAGGAUGCUUGGGACGUACAUGCCGUACAGCUUAGUCAUUCGUCGACAAGGUGGGUUAGAAGCAAGACCUUUGAAAGACUAAGAGUUUGAACCAUCAUAUACAUUUCCUUGUCUCAGAGUACUGCUGCAAACAAAACAUUUCACGUACGCGACGCUUUAAAGCUGUUCUAUAUAGCGGGAGAGGAUUUUUCUACUGCAAGAGAUUGGUAGUUCCCUUGUAUUUGUUGUGGUCACAGUUUGAACUGUUUUAAAUCUUUUUUUUAUCAUGUACAGUUUGUGUUGCACAAUUCUUCUGCAGAUCAUGUCUAAUUUUAGUCAAUCUGCCACAGCACUGGGUGUAAGGCUCUGUGACAGUUUUGUGGACAUAUAUGCUGAUUGCAGUUUUCUACUUA